AGAGGUUUGUUCAGUUAUUUGCAAUUCUUUUGCAUAUAAAGCAAGGUGUGUUAUUUUGUUGUAAGAAGGAACACUGAGAAUGCGAGGAAGUGCAAGUAGCGCAAAUAAACCAAUAGAGAUUUGAGAAAGAAAGAAGAAGGCUGAAGGUGCAAGAAGUUCAGCUAAACAGAACCGACCUUAUGUUUAAAGAAGCAAUGGGGGGUGGGAGAUCAUCUAACCUCUCCGAUUCUUCCCGAAUGUCGGAGCGAGCGGUGCGUUUAUGCGACGCCGCGCAAAAAAUAAUGGUAACACCUCGCAACCUCGCGAGCACCGUUGACCUCGCAUAAAUCCGUGAUAUUUCGUACUCCACACAUUUUUGUUCUCUCCGCAUAACUUGAAACAUUGGUGAAUCUCGUUCGACGUCGCCAAUAACAUGGUGCGUCUGUACGACUCGACGAUCUGCCGAUUAUGUGCGGCAGACAACGGUAACGAGCACCUGUUCGUUAGUGAAGAAGGCGAAUCUACGGAUCUACGCUCGUUAGUAAAUCGAUACUUACCGCUAAAGGUACAAGAUGAUGGAAAAUUACCACGGACGAUUUGUCCUGGUUGUAACAUCCAGCUGGAAGCCACAGUACAGUUCUUUGAAUUAUUGGUGGCUGGCCAGCGUAAAAUACGUGAACUUUGGAAAAAUCAAGUAGAACAAUUGCGCAAAGCAGAACGCUUGAACAACAAAAAGGAGAACAUUGAAGGAAUAGAAGAAGAAGAUGGUAUGGCUUGUGACAAGGAUCAGCAAUAUGAGCAGUCAAUGAUUAUUAAGAUACUGCCAGAUGGAUCUAUAUAUACAGCAGAACAUGAAAUGAGCUUGCAAAUGGAAGGCUUAACUAAGCCAAAAAGAAAACGCGGACGACCUCCUAAAGUACAUACAGAGACACAGGAGAAUUCUACAGAAGUUGCAGAAGGUGAAGAGGAUAAGCAAGAAGAAGAAGAAGAAGAAGAAGUAGAUGGUGAUGGUAGACGCAGAAGAAAGCGCAAAGCUCCUAAAAGAUACCUGGGAGCAGUGCAAGGAAAAGAAUUGGAAAAAAUAUUCAAGGAGGUAGGUGUGAUCGAUGAGGAAGAUGACAAUGAGUCAUUUGAUGAUUCAGAAAGUCCUAGCUUAAAAGCUUCUAGUCAAUAUAGUCAGGAAGAAGUGAUAGGUCAUCUUGAAACAGAAGAGGGUACAAACUUAGGUGAGGUGGUAACUGUGAAUCGUGGACGAUUACGAUCGAAAUCAAAAUUGCGCCGCCGAAGAAGUAGAUUCACAUGUCCAUACUGCGGCAGACGUUUCUUACAACGCAGCAGAUAUAUAAUACAUAAGAGUUUUCAUAAGGGUGUCUUGCACGAAUGUAAAGAAUGCAAAAAGCUAUUUGAUACUGCAGAAAAUCUAGCAUUGCAUCUGAAAACAACUCAACAUAAUUCAAUUCCUACCAAAACACAAAAAUCACUUGAGACACACAGCGCGGAACAGGACACAUUGAAUCCCGAGGUAGAAAAAAAUUCUAUCGAUUCGAUUAACGAAUGCGAAAAAUGCAACGAGCAGUUUACAUUGGAACAGGAUUACGAAUCACAUAUGAAGACAGUACAUGAUCAACAUGAAUUUACCUGUAAUGUUUGUAAUAAAAGUUUCACAAGUUACUCAGAUUUGAAAACGCAUAUGACGACACAUGAGAAGACUAAAUUGAACAAGUAUUAUGUAUGUGAUAUCUGUGGGAAAAUCUUAAAUCACCCGAGUUCUAUGUUGUAUCACAAAGAAGCUGAGCAUAAUAGCGGACGUCGUUUUGUUUGCAAUAAAUGCAACAAGAGCUUUAAGCAUAAACAGCUACUUCAGAAGCAUCAGUUAGUGCACUCAGAUAAUCGGCCGCAUGUUUGCAAGGCUUGUAACACCAGUUUUAAAACGAAAGCAAACUUGAUUAAUCAUCAGGCCACACACACGGGUCAAAAGAAGCAUAUCUGUGAAAUUUGUAACCAACAAUUUGCGCACAAGACUAGUCUGACUUUGCAUUAUAGAUGGCAUACUGGUCAAAAGCCAUAUACCUGCAACGUAUGUCAAAAGAGUUUCUCACAAAAUGGCAAUUUGCAAGAACAUAUGCGCAUUCAUACUGGUGAAAAACCCUAUACUUGUGAUUACUGCGGUCGAAAAUUUACUACGUCAUCACAAAUUAAGUUGCAUGUAAAACGGCAUACCGGUGAGAGGCCGUGGAAAUGCGAAUUUUGCUCGAAGAGCUUUUUACAUAAGGACACAUGGAAAUGUCAUGUGCGCCGUCAUAAAGGAGAACGUCCGUUCCAAUGCAGUCAAUGCAAUCGUGGAUUUACAGAACAGUGGGCGUUGAAGAAACAUUUUCGCCUGCAUACUGGCGAGAAACCUUAUUCGUGCAACAUCUGUGGUAAAGCUUUUGCCGACUGUUCAAAUCUGACAAAACACAAAAAGGUACAUAAAGAGAAUAAUACAAUAACUGUAAAUAGAUCGGAAGGAUCUCCAAUCGGCGAGGUAUGGCAAAUUUUGCCGAAUUCGCAAGAUGAUGAACAAACAUUAAAUAAUCAAAUAAUCACCACCGAUGAAGUAUCCAAUGAUGGAGUCCAACAGAUUAUUUAUGUAUCUUAUCAAGAUUCUGAUGACAGUCAGUCGCAAACAUGGCGUUUAGUUGACGAUAACGUGAUCAAAGACAAAGACGAAGUGACGACAAAUGCCAAUUCCUUAUCACAUUUGAAAGUGCAGAACGACGAAACGAUUGCCAAUAAAAUUAUAAAUAAUCCAAGUAGCAAUAACGAAGAGAUGGAGAUCGAAUUAGCGGAAUCAGAUUUGCAAUUGCAGCUCACAGAUGAACAAGGAAAUACGAUUCCAUUGUCUAUUCAAGAAGCUCGACAGCUUCUCUCGCAAGGACACGUUGUCAGUCAGCAGAAUGACAGCCAAAUUAUCAGAGUCCCUUCUGGAAUAUUUGCACAACAACUCCAGGCUUUAAAUAUUCAUGUUGAUGGAGAUAACGUAGAGGGAAGUGGAAUCAUAGUACGUCCAAUCACAACUAAGAAUAUCGAGGCAAUAUCAACAAGUCAAGCCGAUGCAGAAGCAAUUGUUCAAGCACUUGAGGAUGAGAAUACCGAUGCCACAACAGUUGCAACGAUCAAUCAGCUGGGAAAUAUUGAGGAAGCUGAAUUCGUAGAUGGUGACCAAGCAAUCGAAUUUAUGACUCAGGAUGGACAGAAAGUUCGUGUUUUAACAACGUAUCCUGUCGAUUCAAUGCAACUUUCUUCAGAGUACCUGACCAUUGUAUGAUAAAAAGGAAAUUAGAUUAUUUGUGUUCUUAUGCAAAUGCAUUAAUGCGUUUCUUAUUAUGAACAUUACAAUGAUUAACGAAUCUUUAUUGAUACGUAGAUAACGUAAAUGAUGAAAAAAUUACUCGAAAUUUUUGUAAAUUUUUAGCAGAAUCGUGUAUAUUUAAACGUACCAUUUUGCUAUUAGUACUUCUAUUAGGCUGAUGACAUAGUUCAUGCAAAUUAAUAAAUUUACUACGAAGCUCAUAAGCACAAAAUUUUUUAAACUGUUGUAAAAACCUAUGAAAGUUGAUUAAAGAUCUUUAUAUAAAUAAUAUUAGAAUCAAAAAUGAUAUGCAUGUCA